GUCGACCCAACAGCAGUAUUACGUGCUAGCCUUCCGAAGGGAACGUGGUUCGGAGGUUACCGUUAUUAGCAGCAAGUGGCUGCAGAAUGAUGGUCAUACCGCCAUCAUACCUGAACUACAGCACGGCGGAUACGAUAACGCGGUCCAGAAUCACCGAACACCCGCACCCGGUGACCGCAUGCACCCUGUUCGGGUGAUUAUGCAGACAGGAGGCAACAUGCCAGGCUACUUUCCGACAGUGAUGGGGAAGAGUCUCGUGCGCAACCUCGAAAUUAAUCCUACCUGCCGGCGCCACCUAUCGAGCUGCACCAUCCGCAGGAAUGUUUUCCUUGGCAUCGGAAUCAGUUUACGCGGACCGUGGACUGGAGUGCGGUGAGGGAGUGACAACUCCCAAGCGCACCGUCGGGUCUGCUGCAAUGGGCAGGUCUUGUCAGCCUUUUUUCUGGACUAGCCGAUUUUGUUACAGUCCGACUAGCCCGCCCCGAUGGCCCACCGAUGAUGCACUCUGGUCCACACGAUCAUCAUAAAUAAUAACUAACCAAAGCAUGGACCCAGCGAACUCUGCUACACACCCCGCUUUGGAAGUUCUUGCUCAAGCCAAUGCAACCAUUCGCACCCAUCCUCAUCUUCCGUUUUCGCCCACUAACAGCUCCAUCGACGGCUUCUAUACUUCAGCCUUCUAGGAGGAGACCCUUGUAGGGAACCGUUUCACUAUUUUGCAACAUUGGAUUUUACGGUUGUUUUAACCUUUAAAACGUCCACUUGUUUUACUGACUUCACAUCCGUUGACACAAAGCGUUUUGGUGAGUACCUUGCUGCACCGUUUCUCACUCUGGUUGAUUUGCUUCCUAUUUUUGUAGCCUACACACUAUAUGUUGGGUUCAGUCGCGUCCAACUUCUAUACCGUCCCGUAUUUGACACGUCUUACGUGUCAUUCCUUACCGACUAGUAUUCCAGGCUCCACCCAACAACCACCGGAAACACAUGGUCUGUAUAGCAAAACUA